AUGUUGAUGGCGGGCGCUCUGCCGGCCGAGCCCGAGGGGCUGCUGGCACUGGGCGCGCUGCCAGGCCAGAAAGACACCACCUGGACCAAGCUGUUCGUCGGGGGACUUCCGUACCACACAACUGACAAGAGUCUCAGGGAACACUUCGCUGUCUACGGCGACAUCGAGGAAGCGGUGGUCAUCACAGACAGACAGACCAGCAAAAGCAGAGGAUAUGGCUUCGUGAUAAUGGGAGACCGAGCGGCGGCGGAGAGGGCGUGCAAGGACCCUAAUCCCAUCAUCGAUGGGAGGAAAGCAAACGUCAACCUCGCCAUUCUAGGAGCUAAGCCCAGAGGGAACCUGGCGCCAGGUUUCGGCUUGGCUGCUGCAGCUGCAGCGGGAGUACGCGCCGGGUACCAAACAGUGCUGCCUUCGCCAUAUGGGUUAUCGCCGGGGUACAUGUACAGCACGCCGCAGUACAUGAAUGCGAUGAGCGGGGUGGGAGCCAGCGUGGGCACGGGAGCGGGCGGGCUGGUGCAGCUGCCGCAGCUGCAGCACGCCGCUGCAGUGGCAGCCGCCAACCACCUGUACGAGUACCAAGCUGCCGCGGCACAGGGCGCCGCCGCGUACCAGCAACAGUACGCUGCGGCCGGAUUCGACCCCUACGCUACAGCCGCUGCAGCAGCAGCGGCAGCAGCUAGCGGCGCUGGAUAUGUGUCCCCCUACUACACACUGCCAGGCGGAGGCAUGCAGGCCCCCCUCUUGCCACCACUGCCCUACCCCCCGCAGCUACAAGAAGCCAGGAUGCAGUAG